UUGAUUGCUUCCUUUGCUUAUGGAUUAAUGGAGAACAGGAAAAAUGUGACAGAGUUUGUCCUACUAGGACUCACAGAGAAUCCAAAGAUGCAGAAAGUCAUAUUUCUUCUUUUUUUGGUCAUUUACAUCGUCUCUGUGGUAGGAAAUGUGUUAACUCUGGUCACUAUCACUGCCAGCCCAUUACUGAGGUCCCCCAUGUACUUUUUCCUGGCCUAUAUCUCCUUCAUUGAUGCCUGCUAUUCCUCCGUCAAUACCCCUACACUGAUUGUAGAUUCACUCCGUGAAAAGAAAACCAUACUAUUCGGUGUAUGUAUUACCCAAAUCUUUGGGGAACAUUUCUUUGGAGGUGCUGAUGUCAUCCUGCUUACUGUGAUGGCCUAUGACCGCUACGUGGCCAUCUGCAAGCCAUUGCACUACACGACAACCAUGAGUCAGCGAGUGUGUGGCCUGCUAAUGGAAAUGGUGUGGGUGGGAGGCUUUCUUCAUGCAAUGAUACAGAUCCUCUUUAUCAUCCCAUUACCCUUCUGUGGCCCUAACGUCAUAGACCACUUUAUGUGUGAUCUGAACCCUUUGCUCAAUCUUGCCUGCACUGAUACCCACACUCUAGGGCUCUUCGUUGCUGCCAACAGUGGUUUCAUCUGUGUCUUAAACUUCCUUCUCUUGAUGGUCUCCUAUGUGGUCAUUCUGCACUCCCUAAGGAACCACACUUUGGAGGCAAGGCGCAAAGCCCUCUCCACCUGUGUCUCCCACAUCACAGUGGUCGUCUUAUUCUUUGUGCCCUGCAUAUUUGUGUACAUGAGACCCACAGCUACUUUAUCUAUUGAUAAAGCAGUGGCAGUGUUCUACACUAUGAUAACUCCCAUGUUAAAUCCCUUAAUCUAUACCUUGAGAAAUGACCAGAUGAAAAAUGCCAUUAGGAAAUUGUGUAGUGGGAAAGCUAUUUCAGGGGAGAAAUAA